GAGCUCAUUUUCCCUGUGACUGCCUGGGUAUAACUUCUUCCUCUCCCCGGGCUGUUAAAAGAAAUCUAAACCUCUGCCCUUCGGAAUUCUUCCAGUUGCCCCACAGAUACAAAGUAUCCCUUUGCAAACAUGGAAGCAAUCAAGAAAAAGAUGCAGAUGUUGAAGCUGGACAAGGAGAAUGCCAUUGACAGAGCAGAGCAGGCUGAAACGGAUAAGAAGGCAGCCGAGGACAAAUGCAAACAGGUGGAGGAUGAGCUGGUGGCACUGCAGAAGAAGCUGAAAGGAACUGAAGAUGAGCUGGAUAAGUACUCGGAGGCUCUCAAGGAUGCCCAGGAGAAACUGGAGCAGGCUGAGAAGAAGGCCACUGACGCUGAAGGGGAGGUGGCAGCUCUCAACAGACGUAUCCAGCUCGUGGAAGAGGAGUUGGAUCGUGCCCAGGAACGGUUGGCCACAGCCCUGCAGAAACUGGAGGAGGCUGAGAAAGCAGCAGAUGAGAGUGAGAGAGGAAUGAAGGUUAUUGAGAACAGAGCAAUGAAAGAUGAAGAGAAAAUGGAAAUUCAGGAAAUGCAGCUGAAGGAGGCAAAGCACAUUGCUGAAGAAGCUGACCGCAAAUACGAAGAGGUUGCCCGUAAGCUGGUGAUUUUGGAGGGUGAGCUGGAAAGGGCUGAAGAGCGAGCAGAGGUGUCUGAAGUUAAAUGUAGUGACCUUGAAGAGGAGCUGAAGAAUGUCACUAACAACCUGAAGUCCUUGGAAGCUCAGUCUGAAAAGUACUCAGAAAAAGAAGAUAAAUACGAAGAAGAAAUCAAGAUUCUGUCUGACAAGCUCAAGGAAGCUGAAACCCGUGCUGAGUUUGCAGAGAGAACAGUUGCCAAACUGGAAAAGUCUAUUGAUGACUUGGAAGGAAAACUGGCUCAAGCAAAAGAAGAGAACUUGGAGCUGCACCAGACACUGAACCAGACGCUAAAUGAACUGAACUGUAUAUGAGCAGGCACAGAGCCCCGGCGGCCACACGGCGUCCCCUGCAUCUCCUGCACCCUCCCUCCCUCUUUUCUCUCUCUGUAGCACAGAAAAAAACAUUUAAGUUAUGAACAGCACGAGGCCUCGGGCGUUCCCCGGCACCACCAGCACGGCCUCGAGCCCCUGGGGUGGAGGAGCCCGGAGCAGGAGAGGAGCCCCGGGGCCGUGGGUGCCUUCAGCUUCACCUCCCCUGUGCCUCGGCAGCCAUUUUGUAUUCCCCGGCAGAGCUCCCGCCGCGCCUGUCCGUGCUGUUUCAUAUUAAACACGUUCCUCAUGGU